AUGUUGCAGAAAGACUUUGGUGAUGAGGCUUUGUCUAAAAACAAUGUUUACAAGUGGUAUAGUGAGUUCCAAGCCGGCCGUGUACGUGUCGAAGACGAAUACCGUCCAGGGCGACCAUCAACCUCAACCGACGAAGCUCACGUUCAACAAAUCAAAGAUUUGGUGUUGAAAAACCGUCGAUUAACAAUUAGAGACAUUGCUGAUGAAGCUGGCAUAUCGAAGGGCUCAGCCAAUAUCAUUUUGAAGGAUGUUGUGGGCCUCAAGCGCGUCAAAUCUCGACUGGUA